AAUGCGGAAGUAUUUAUGUUGUAUGUGGUUGAGUUGCUAAUACAGUGGCGUGUACUCAGAUAACAUGACCGAGUCUAAAGCUAAAAAUAUCAGCGCCAUUCCAAUCGAUGGAUUCAGUAAUGUUCGCAUCACAUCAUUAUGGAGCUUUCUACAAUCUGUUGACUGGUCUGAACCCUGGUUGAUGGGUCUUCUGGCCUUUCAUGUCUUGUGUUUUGCUUUCACCAUCCUGUCCUGCAAAUACUACCGCCUUCAGAUCUGUCAUUUUCUCUUGAUGGUUGCUAUGGUUUACAGUGCUGAAUACCUGAAUGAGCUGGCAGCGAUGAAUUGGAGGUCUUUUUCCAAAUUCCAAUACUUUGAUUCAAAAGGAAUGUUCAUAUCACUUGUAUACUCCGUCCCGCUCUUACUCAACACUGUUAUUAUCGUGGCUGUGUGGGUAUGGAGGACCUUCUCAACCAUGACAGAAUUGAAGAUAAUGCAGUUAAAGAGAAAAGCUGCCAGAGAGAACAAGAAAACGCAGUAGAGGACAUGAACAGGAUGUGCUUCAUUUCAUAAUAAAUGUCCAAGGGUGGAGGAAAAAACUGUUUAUUAAGGGGUGAUCGUAGGAAAGUAUGUGGUGUGAAGGUUCUUAAGUGUUAUUUCAGAUUGCUGAUGGACGAUUUGUUCACCUGUUAUCAGAUGCUCCAAUGGACAAAGCCAUCAACUGUAUUAUGCAACUGCUUUGUGUACAUAUUGACCAUUCCAGAGCUUAAUAUUGCUUUUUUGUCUGUUAACACUGAAUUGAUUCUAUCCUGUUUUUUGAGUGUUGAACAUGUUGUUUAUUUAUGACAAUAAAAUGAAUGUUGUUGGUUUUUUAA